AUGGAGAUUGCGUCGAAGGGAACACCCAAAUCGGUUCCAGAGAAUCGGGAUGAAGCUGUUGGGACGUCCUUCACCGAGGUGCCCACCUCGACCAUACCCGUCGGACCCACCCCUACAGUAUUCACUGUACCACCAGCGGUACCACCUACGGCAUACCCAACCCCUCCACCAGCAGUGCCUGUUGUUGCGUACUCGGCACCUCCUCCAGCAGCACCUACGACGUACCCGGCACCACUGCCACUGGUGCCUGCUAUUACAUACUCAGCACCCGCACUAGUAGUACCAGUUACUCCUUAUCCAGUACCACCACCUACCGUACCUCCAGCCACUCCUACCUAUAUUGACCCUGCAGUGCCACUAGCAGUAGCUGGCCCAACUUAUGCAGCACCAGGGGUACCUUCCCCGGCCUAUCCAGCAGUACCACCCAUAGUAUCAGCUCCAGUAGUUCCACCAGUUCCGGCGGCAAUCCUUUCUCACCCUACUGAUAUGAUUGUAGCACGAGCUCGGAUCCCAACUUUCGCGGAGUCGGUGAAUAGUCGAUUCACGCUAUUCUGCAGGGAGACUGACUCGAGCGUGGUUCAGUCUUGGAUAGAGACGAUGGAGCGGGCUUUCUUCUAUCUGGCUUGCUCCGAGUGGGAGAAGGCAGAGCUGGCUACUUUCCAUUUAUGA